AUGGAAUGCCAGAGGUGUACGUCAGAUGACUACGAUCAUGAUGAACGACAAGGCGCCGUUGCCGCUGCCUCUGCCGCUGCCGUCGACGAAGACCAGGGGACACUUUACGAAGAACUAGAUCCUGAGUGCGACGACGAUAGCCAACGUGGCAUUCUGUUGCCGAUUUUCGUCGCCAUGAUUGCCAUCUCCCUGGUUGCAUUCCUGUUCUGGAUGAUCGACCGGUCGAAGCGCCGCCAGAAGCUUCUAGCCGAACAACGGAGGUUGGCCCUGAAAGCGAGGCGGGAGGCCGAAGUUUCGGCCAUCGACGCCGCUCUGGCAAACUACGACUCCGAACAGCACGACUCCCAGACGGACAGUCGCUUCCGGUCACCAGGUGAGUGA